GUCUGUUGCGGUUGCCCACAAAGGCUUGGCAUCCCAGCCCUGCUUUUCAUAAGCAUGUGAUCGCAGGGAGCUCAGUCCAUCUUGCAGUCUUGAUUUUUGAAUGUGUAAAUGAGUAAAAUGGAAGAUACCUAGGUCAUAAGUUUCUUAAGAGGAGCACUUAAAUAUCACCAGAGGAGUCUAGAUAAUGUUACCCAGUCAGUUAAAUACUUCACUUCACUGCAAAUAAUAAUAGUAAUUAGUAAUGAAGCUAGCUAACAUCCUGAGUGGUGGAAAUGGACCCAAACAAACUCCACACCUGUGGAAAAUAUAGGUUUUGUAUAAAAUAGUUUUUCCAGCAGAGAGUAACAAGGAGGAAACAACAUGCAAAUUUUUCUUUCUAGAUAAUUUUACUUCCUUCUUUUCAUUUCAGCAAAUAUUUAUAGCUGGAGUUAAAAGCUUAGGUUCUGAAACCAUAUUUCUACCCAAAGAAAGGAAACCGACACCCCAAGCUUCUCUAAUCCAUCAGAAGUUGCUAUCAAUACCAGGCCAGUUCUGACUUUUGCUGAGCAACCUUGGGCGAUUUUGUGUAACCUCUGCCUGCCUGCGUUGAUUUCUCUGCAGGUGGAGGUAACCAAAGAGUGGGUUGUGAGAGACUCAAACAGUUCAUUCAGCAAGGUCAGUGUUCCUUGAAUGCCCACUGGAAAAAGGCGGAAGUGGAUGGGCAAGUGAGGGCACACCACGGGAAGACGCUAAGAUCACAAGACUCAGGGAACAGUUGGGAUGUGGAGGGAGGAGCUUGUGUUUGAGAAGAGCUGCAGUACUGGGCCAGUUAUCUGCAAUAGCAGACCAAGCAUUUAGGAGCAGUGCCCUUGGAGGAAGGGGAGGCCAAUCAAGGAGUAGAUCUUAAGAAACAGAUCCCGUGUUUGCUCCUGAUUUCUCUCCUCUCUCCCUCUCCUUCUCCCCACCCCCCCGUCUCUCUCUCUCUCUCUCUCUCUCUCUCUCUCUCUCUCUCUCUCUCUCUCUCUCUCUCUCUCACACACACACACACACACACACACAGAUUGGGGGUGGGGUGAGAUUUGUGGAAAAUGAAAAAAAUAUUAGCCACGCAAACUAAGCAAAAACAGCAGUGAAAGUGAACACUGCUCAACUUCUGAGAACGCUGAAAAAUCCUAAAGUAUAUUUUCAAUAUACAUGUGUAUCUAUCUACCUUACAUAUAUAACAAUGGAGUGUAUAACCAAUAUAUUAUAUUCUAUAUGACAUACAAUUAACAUUAACAUACAGUUUGCUAUAUAAAUAUACAAUUAACAUUAACAUACAGUUUGCUAUAUAACAUAGAUGCACAUGUCUUGCCUAACAUCUAUCAGACCCUGGGUAGGAUCCCCAGUGCCCACCCUCAAAAAAGUGGAAAUAAAUAACAGUUGUUGGGCUGAGCUACAUUCAGGAUUUCAGGUUAAGGAUUUUAAUGUUUCAAGAAGAGUGGAAACAGCCAUUUUAUGAAAAGUAAGAACGACUUGACCCAGCUUUUUGGAUGGAAUUCAUUUUCACAGGCCAUAUAUUUCCAUCCAGAAUUGAAGUUCUGAACACACAUACAGCAGGCUGCCGUCCUUCCAGGCCACAACCAAUAUUUACCUGGAGGAAGACUGUCCAAAGGUCAGGAGGGAAUUGUCUCAGGAAUUGUCACGAUUUGCAAGAAAUUAGGAGGGUGGGCGCUAACCUUAGGACUAGUGACUGAAAAUGCAGACUGCAGGGUUAGUCCACUCUGGAGAGAUAGCUUGAGGAUGUAGAGAACUCCCGCGCGACUUGGCUGUUGGCUUUCCCCAGAAGCAGCAAUUCCCAGACCCAGCUUGUGCAAAAGAGGGAGCUAAGAGGCACCGCGCAGGGCAUCAUGGUUCGCCUGUUGGCCUCAGAAGUUCAGCAGCUUCUCCACAACAAGUAUGUGGUCGUCCUUGGGGACUCUGUACAUAGGGCGGUGUACAAGGACCUGGUGCUCCUGCUGCAGAAGGAUUGCCUGCUCAGUCACAAGCAGCUCAGAACCAAAGGGGAGCUGACAUUUGAAAAGGAUCAGCUGAUGAAGGGAGGUGAGCUGGACACCCUACACAACCGCACUGACUACCGCGAGGUGCGCGAGUUCUGCUCUGACCAUCAUCUAGUGCGCUUCUACUUCCUCACGCGCGUCUAUUCUGAGUACAUGGAGAGCGUCCUAGAGGAGUUGCAGUCGGGCACGCAUGCCCCUGAUGUGAUCAUUAUGAACUCUUGCCUCUGGGACGUCUCCAGGUAUGGGCGUAAUUCCUUAAGUAGCUACAAGCAGAACCUGGAGAACCUGUUUGGGCGCAUGGACCAGGUACUGCCCAAGUCAUGCCUGCUAGUGUGGAACACUGCCAUGCCUUUGGGUGACAAGAUCAAGGCGGCCUUCCUCCCUCAAAAGUGUAAGGGCCAGUACCGGAUCUCGGUGGCCACCCUGAAAAAAAGAGUGAGCCAAGCCAAUUUCUACAGCCAUGCGGAAGCAACAAAGCGCUGCUUCGAUGUGCUGGACUUAAAUUUCCACUUCCGUCAGGCCAAGAGGCAUCUGCAGGGAGAUGGGGUGCACUGGAAUGAGCAUGCACACCGCCGACUCUCCUACCUGCUGCUUGCCCACAUGGCUGAUGCUUGGGGGGUAGAUCUGCCCCACCGAGACCCAUGGGAGCCUGGUCCUAUGAUGUGGGAAAGUCCAAGUCAGGUAGAAGAAUGGCAGCCCCAGGUCAAUAGAGGUCCCCAGGCCUUUGCCUUGUCUCCACCCAUGCCUAUUCCCAGGCCACGCCCACUGUUCCCACCCCCUGGCUUGCCAGUAAGGCCCCCACCCCUCCUAGCAUGUUCCCUACCCCCACCUCAGGCGACACCCCCAUUACCACACUAUCCACAAGAUUCCUAUUUUUCCUCAGACCAUGUUUUCCAGUCAGAUGAAUUCUAUAUUCAUUCAGAUGACCCCUCACCUACCCACGCAGGAUAUACCUUUGAGGGUGACUUUAGUUUUUAUCCCCAACCACCCGUGCCCAACUUCCGCCCACCCUGUUACCAGCGCCAGGCCCCUGUGGUACAUAGGGGUUUCCCAAGGCAUCUUGCUCGCCGCCCCUAUAUGCCCUGGAGAGAGAGGCCCAGGCGACCACAAAGACAUGCCCCAGCCUGCCUAGAGUCAAGGCCUCAGUAGUCUGACUUAAACCCCUUUACCUCUAUGUGGGGCUAUGUGAUGUUGACUUUCCCUUUCAUGCCUCGGUCUCCACACACUGACCUUGCUACUUAAGCCCAGCUAGUCCCAUCUUGGAUGUCUCUGUGUUCACUGCUGUUAGAGACCAGGAAUAGCACACUGGCCCACUCCUGUUGCCUGAGGAGGUCUCUUCUCCCUGAGUGACCAAGCAAGCAUUCUUACUACCUCCCCCCAUCGCUAUU